CUCCAGCGCCUGUGUGUAGUAACCCAGAGCAGCAGAGCUCUCAGAUAGACAUGGCGGCGGAUCCUAAGCCGGACUGGCUCUCCUGCCUUCCCUCGUCUUGGAGUUAUGGGGUGACUCGGGAUGGACGCAUAUUCUUCAUCAACGAAGAAGCGAAGAGCACGACCUGGCUGCAUCCUGUGACUGGAGAAGCUGUGAUCACGGGGCACAGGAAAACUCCAGAUUUACCAACAGGAUGGGAGGAAGGAUACACAUUCGAGGGGGCUCGCUGCUUCAUCAAUCACAAUGAGCGAAAGGUGACCUGCAAGCACCCGGUGUCAGGAGUCCCCUCGCAAGACAACUGCAUCUUUGUUGUAAAUGAACACGAGAGUUGUGGAAAGCUUUUCCACCCUGACAGCCCCACAGAGGCUCCCACCAGGCCGGCUCCUAAGGCUUCGUCAGAGCAGGACAGCAGCAGUGACCAGAAGGAACGUCCCAUGAGCACCAUGAGCGAGGCUUCAAACUACACAGGGGGCUCCGACUACAGCACCUUUCCUGGCAGCCCCACCACCACGGCCACUACAGCCGCCACCACCUGUACAUCAUCCACACGGCCAUCUAGGUCUUCCAAAAAAAUUCACAACUUUGGCAAGAGGUCCAACUCCAUCAGGAGGAACCCCAACGCACCUGCGGUCAAGAGCAACUGGCUCUACAAACAGGACAGCACGGGCAUGAAGCUGUGGAAGAAGAGGUGGUUUGUGCUGUGCGACAUGUGCCUCUUCUACUACCGUGAUGAGAAAGAAGACAGCAUCCUGGGAAGUAUCCUGCUGCCCAGCUUUCACAUCUCCAUGUUGUCUGUGGACGACCACAUCAGCAGGAAAUACGCCUUUAAGGCUACUCAUCCAAACAUGCGGACAUAUUAUUUCUGCACUGACGCAGCCAAAGAAAUGGAGUCCUGGAUGAAAGUCAUGACGGAUGCUGCCCUCGUCCACUCUGAACCAGUCAGAAGAUCGGACAAGUUGAAAGUGGACCAGCGAGCGCCUCAGGAGUCGAACAACUUACUAAACCACAGAGUCCUAACUCGGCCUGAGAUUCAGAACAAUGAACGCAACCGAGAACCUGUGCGACAACCCUCCCUAUCUCAGGCCGACAACAAAUGGCAAAAAGAAGUAGAGAAACACAAUGGCCAGAGGGAACGUGAAUACUACACCUUACAGAGAGAUGGUGAGAGGUACUCGCUAAAGAAAGAUGGGGUGAGUUAUAUGCUUCAGAAAGAUGGAGACAAGUAUCUCCUCCAUAAGGAUGGAGAGAAGUACUUGCUUCGAAAAGAUGGAGAGAAAUACACACUGCAGAAAGAUGGAGAGGUGUACACCAUUCACAGGGAUAUGGAGAAGUACGCAGUCCAGAAGGUGGAUGAAAAGUAUAUGGUGGCUUCAACAGAGGAGAAAUAUGCUCCAACGAAAGAUGGAGAGAAGUAUUUGCUUACGAAGGAUGGAGAAAAAUAUGCACUUCAGAAAGUUGGCGACCGGCACACACUCAAAAAAGAAGGAGAGAGAUAUGUUCCUCAAAAGGAAGUGAAGAGACAGCUGUCACUAAGGGAGACUGACAGGUACGCCACAAUGCGGGACAUGGAGAACAAAUAUGGUACACUACAUGUUAUGGACAAAUACGGCACUAUGAGGGCAGUGAAGAAAUACAGUACACUACGAGAAGGAGAUAAAUAUGCUACUUUCCGAGGAGACACAGAGAAGUAUGCUACACUCCGCGACGGUGAUAAAUAUGGCUUCCAGAGAGACCCAAGUGGAGAGAGGUCUCUGACCAGAAUCAGCAGCAUCAAGUUGCAGCCGGCUCAAGCUGCCGCCAUCGCCGCUGCCGUGGCCGAAUCUCGCCAGAGCCAGGCCAACAUGAAUGUCCAAAAGCCUACAAACGUUAACAGCUCAGGGUCUGUGGCCGGGGAGCCACCUGUGGACUGCAGCUCGGCAGAUGUGGAUGGCAGCAUUGCCAUGGUUCCAAUAAUGUCCCCUGUUCCAGUGCCGGAGCCUGAGAAGGGCCUGUCCAGGACAAACUCCAUGCAGCAGCUGGAGAACUGGGUCCGCACACACAGAUCAAGAGGACUGGAUGAAGACACCAGGAGCAUUACAUCCUACCAGACCCUACCCAGGAACAUGCCCAGCCACCGUCCUCAACUUGUGCCCCGCUACCCAGAGGGCUAUCGCACACUGCCCCGGAACAGCAUGUUGAGGCCCGAAAGCAUCUGCAGCAUGGCGGGUUCUGUGUACGACCGUGCACUCUGUCCGGCUUCCACCACCAGUGUCACCACAGCAGAGAAGAGGAGGUCGAUGAGGGAUGACACCAUGUGGCAGCUGUAUGAGUGGCAGCACAGACAGGCUUUCUCCAGACAUAGUAUUGCGCAGCCACCAGGUGUGGGUCAUUACGGAACACUGCCCAGCACAAAGACUAUGGGCAACAUCUCUGAACAUGCUGUGGCGCAAUCAAUCCCCACCUCACCCUCUCAUGGCUCCCUGGCUCUCUACAGCACCUUCUCUGCUCCUCAUCAGCAGGUUGCUCACAACCCAAGCAACUCCUUCUCUGAGGUGUCCUCACCGGUGCUCAGAGGGGACGGGACACUGGACCGACGGCAGAGGACACAUCUUGCCAAGUAUGGGUACCCAGCUGACCGGCGAUCGAUUGCAGGCGGAAUCCCUCCCCAGACCAUCACCCCACAGACGCUGCAAGGCAAGACGCCCGAGGAGCUAACGCUGCUGCUGAUCAAGCUCCGCCGGCAGCAGGCGGAGCUCAACAGCCUGCGGGAGCACACAGUAACUCAGCUUAUGGCCCUGGGUAUGGAGGGGCCCAACGCCAAGACUGACGUUCUUUCUCAUCACCUCCAGAGGAACCUUAUUUACCUGGACAGCCAGACGAAGGAGAAUGAGCCUCUAAUCUUCAUGAUUCAUACUAUGAUCGAGAACUCGGCACCGAGGCCACAACUCUACCAGCAAGUUCCCCCCGACGACUAUAAGGACAGCUCCUUCAGCCAGCGCCCAGAGGAGGCCGACGUAGACACCAAGCUGAGCAGGCUGUGUGAGCAGGACAAGGCGUUGAGGAUGCAGGAGGAGAAAGUGCAGCAGUUGCACAGAGAGAAGCACACUCUGGAGACGGCCCUGCUGUCAGCCAGUCAGGAGCUGAGUGAACAGAGCGGCUCCAGUGCUGCAGCCACACAGAGCCUUGUCCAGCAGAGGGACGUGCUGCAGAACGGCCUCCUGAGCACCUGCAGAGAGCUGUCCAGAGUCAGCUCUGAGUUGGAACGCUCCUGGAGGGAUUAUGACAGGCUGGAGGCAGAUGUCACUCAGGCCAAGUCCAACCUGCUCGAGCAGCUGGAGGCCCUAGGCAGCCCACAGACAGAGCCUCCAAGCCAGCGGCACAUCCAGAUCCAGAAGGAGCUGUGGAGGAUCCAGGACGUGAUGGAGGCUCUGGCCAAAAACAAACCACAGCGGUGCACAGACAACACAGAUUUUCCUGGCUCCAAACCUCUCUCCAGUCUCCAGAAGAAUGAACAAGCGCCAGACUAUCGUCUGUAUAAAAGUGAACCUGAGCUGACAACAGUCAACGAGGAAGUGGAUGAGGCCAACGGUGAGGACAAGGAAAAGACAGAGACCUCUGCAGAGAGUAAAGACUCUGGAGCCUCAAAAGUGUCCCCCUACCCGGUGGGCAUUGUCCCUCCCAGGACCAAAUCUCCCAUGAACCCUCCUGAGUCGUCCACCAUCGCCUCCUACGUCACCAUGAGGAAGACCAAGAAGCCAGAGGCCAGAUCAGACCGUCCCAGGAGUGUGGCGGAUCAGCCGGGUUAUGGGGAUCGAGAGGUGGGCAGAACGAGGAUGAGUGUGGAGGAACAGUUGGAGAGGAUGAGGAGAAACCAGGAGGCCUCGUCGCUCCGAGAGAAGAAGAGGGAAACCCCAUCCCGCUCACCCUCCUUCAGCAAGGACAACCCUUUUGUUACCCAGCAGACCCGUGCCCAGGCAGAGGGAGCCUGUGCAGACCCUGUGGAGCUGGAGGCAGCCCUGCAGCAGCUGAAAGUGGCCGCUGAGGCUGCUGGAACUCACACACACGGCGCUCUGACGGCACCACAGCUUCACAGGGAGGUGCAGCAAGCAGAAGAGGUGAAAAAUGACAAAUGUGAGCAGCUACAGCAGAGCAGGAAUGUGACCCUGCACAGUGGGAAGGAGCAGCAGGCUGAGACCAACAGCAUAGACAAUGAGCUGUGUGAAAGUCAGAGGGUGGUGAUUCUGGACCUGGGCACAGAACCUCAGCAUGUGGAGAUAGUAAACCUCGAGCCUUUUGAGGAUGAUGAAAGCAAGAAGCAAGAUCUGACGAGCUCACCUACGAACACCACCACGGAAAACAGCCUCCAAACCCCUGAGCCUGAAAUGGCCAGUCCAGAGCCCAAAGACGAGGAGGGGAACCUGACACCACAAACCACCAGAGAGCAGAAGCUGGACAGGAGCCUGGACGCGUAUAACCAGCUCACAGCAGACAACAAGAAACACAACAACAACAACUUGCUGGCCUCGCAGACAUUCACCUUGGUGAGCAGUGACACGUGAGCCCCACCGGCCUCGAUCUCCACACUGGCAUCCCGGAGCGCCCAAAUGUAGCCAGCCUGCACAGAGCAUGCUCCACGGCUUCUGACAACAGAACUACUUUGUUACUACUGUUACAUGCCCACAAGGUGACUGAGACUGAGAGGAGGGCAGCCCUGCUAAGAGACCGGCCCACACACAGAUGGACCACCCUCACAUCCAGCCAGAGAGAAAGGCCGAUGUACUGCAUCUUUAGCACCUAUUAGAUCUGUUCCACACUGACGUGUCCUGAAGCCGAGCAUUCAUUCCAUGUUGCCCCAAAACAUUUAGGUAUAGAUGUAAGAUUGUGAAAUGGUUUUGUUAUUUUAGAGGUUUAAGGCUACAACCUAUGUCCGUUUCAGCUAAAAUACCCCAGAGAACUUCUUUAUGCCUAUAUAAAAGAUGAUGCAAUUGAGGGUGAAGUUACAACUAACAACUAACUAGAUACUAAAAUAGAGGUUGUGACGGAACAGGCGAAAGGUCCAUUAAUGAAAAAGAAGGUUUGGACGAUUAACCUGACUAUAAACUGAUUCAUUUAACUACUUGAUCAAAGCAAUGGUCAUACCUACAGUUAUGAACACUGGUAAUAUAUAAAAUUUUGUUUAUUGUACAGAGAUAAUGCAGAACUGGGUGGGGCUUACUGAUCACCAGUCCUUGUUGUGUAGUUCCCUGGCUCAAUGGGCCUUCGGCAGUAUUAACGAGGGUGUGUGUACUGUGUACAACUGGUUCCUACUGAAAGGAACCUGUUGAGGUGGUUCGGGCAUGUGGCAUGGGCACGCCAUGGUCACCAGGCUUCAACAGCUCUCCUGGCAUGUCCCAAUUCAUUACGUCAUUAGGCUGCAGUACACACCAGGGAACAAUUAAUCACUGCUACACUGAAAUAGGAACACUGUUAUUUUCUAUUUCUGCAACCUAGAGCCCGAUACAAACCAUUGGCACAUGUAGAUAGAGUGCAUUAUUUAUACCUUCUGUUUUACUGAUGGAUGCAGUUAUCGCUGCAACCUAUUAGGGAAUUUGUUUUUACCUGUAAAGUGUUCAGCAGUAGAGUGUGCUAUAUGGAAUCAGAUUAACAUGGUUUAAAAUUGUUUAACAGUGUAAAGAAAAUGGUCACCAGGCAGUUCAGUUCUGUGGUUGUCAGUCUUUCCAAUCCAUGGGUCGGCUAGUCCUUCUGCCUUCUGUGGUCACAGACGCUUAUUUCAUUUGUUUCUGUCUUCAUCUUUAAUUCUGCUUUAUAAAUUAGAACUAUAAAUAUAAAGAACUAAACUAUUUCACAAUCUUGACUGUAUGUACAAUUUGUUUUCGGGGGUAAUAUAGCUUCAUAGAACCAUGUUGCCAAAUACAUACACACAUGUCAAUAUACAUACCUUUUGAUACCUUGCUAAGUAUUGCUAAGUCAUUUUAACAUGAGUAUUUAAAAGGAGAAUAUUUUAGUGAUGUGUAGGAGAGGGUGCUAGCUGUCACCGAGUUCCUGGAGGCGAGUGUACAGCUGUAUAUAGGAGCACCUGAGUCAUCUCAGCGCAGAUGGGCUAAGCACCAAAACUCGACACACAUGCAGUGCUUUACUUUAACCCCAAAGUGAUCGCUGAUGGUCUUUGAUUUUAACCCUCUCUGAUUUCAAUCCUUUGUGUUGCUUUGAGACCAGAGGCUCCCUUAUCGCUCUAUUUUCAAACCUUUUGCACCUGCAUAGUAACAGAUUGUCCUUUAUUGAUUAUACAUAUAUAAAUAUAUAAAAAAGUAUAUAAAGAAACUUAAAGCAGGUUUUUACUUCAACAAGGUGCCACUUUGUGCUGCUGUUUUUUCUCUUCUUUUUGGACUACGUAUCUUGCAGAAGUCUGUCUCUCUUUGUUUUUCUCUGUUUGGUUUUCAUUGCUUAGGGGAUCUACAGUGAAGAUGCUGAGGGAUAUGAGGCGGAUCAGAUAUUUGGGGUUUGAUUCUCUGUGGUGGUGAAGAAUCGCAGAAUAGCACAUGUACGAAGCAAUAAGUAGGACUUUGGAGCUCCAGGACAUGAAAAGAAAUUUAAAAAGAGAUGUAUAAACUGUAAAAACUAAAUAAAUAAAGCAAGAUAGAAUAAUUUAUGUACACACUGAAAAGAAGAAGAGCAAAUAUUAUAACUAAAAGAGGUUAUUAUUAAUAUUAUUAGGGUCAAUAUGCAAAAAGUUCAUACCCAUCUGUUUUAUAUCAUGUGAAAUAAAUGUUGAUGUUCUUAAAACGUU